AUGAGUCUUAAAGGCGUGGGGAAGAGUAUAACUCGAGCCCCACAACAGUUUAAGCAGCGCUUCAAUAUUGGCGAUAAUACAAAAGAUGCCGUCUACAUUGAUGCCGACAGACGUUUUCAGGAGUUGGAGAAGGAGACCAAGAAGCUGCACGACGAGUCAAAGAAGUAUUUUGAUGCUAUCAAUGGCAUGCUAAACCACCAGAUCGAAUUCUCCAAAGCCAUCCAGGAAAUUUACAAACCCAUAUCCGGCCGUGUCUCAGACCCUAACUCGCUCAUUCCUGAAGGAAACCCAGAAGGCAUUCGAGCUUGUGAAGAGUAUGAAUCUAUCGUACGCGAACUGCAGGCUACCUUGCAACCAGAGUUGGAAAUGAUCGAGCAGCGCGUCAUAGCACCCGCCGACCAGUUACUCGAAGUCAUAAAAGUCAUCCGCAAAAUCAACGUGAAGCGCGAUCACAAACAGCUAGAUUACGACCGACACCGAGCUACUCUCAAAAAGCUGCAGGACAAGAAAGAAAAGACCCUCAAGGACGAGAAGGCUCUGUUCAAAGCGGAGAACGAUGUCGAGCAAGCCACGCAGGACUACGAAUAUUUCAAUAAUCUGCUCAAAGAUGAACUCCCCAAGCUCUUUGCCUUGGAAGCCGAAUUCAUCCGUCCUCUUUUCCAGUCCUUCUAUUACAUGCAACUCAACGUCUUUUACACCCUCCACGAAAAGAUGCAAGCCAUUAACAUUGGCUACUUCAACCUCAAUCUGGACAUUGAGGAGGCUUUCGAGAUGAAACGGGGGGACGUCCAGGAACGCGCAGAGGCGCUCUCGAUAGUCCAUUUCAAGGCCACAGGCGGUUUGAAACCUCGCGGCGUAUCGAGAUACGGAUUGGGUCACUCGAAGGCCAAGGAAGCAGAGGCAAGUAAAAGCGCGUACGCAAGUCGGAGGACGAGUCAUCUCGAAGACGGCGUCUCCAACCCACCUCCCCCAUAUUCUCCCACCGGCUCAGCAAGUGCGCCCAGCAGUCCUGCAUUAGGAAGCCCUGCACUGGGCGCUGCCAUUGCGGCAAAGGGCAAGCCCCCUCCACCAAAGCCCAAACCAAGUCGUCUGAGUGGUGUGCCCAAUGCAGAGACGUGUACAGCCUUGUAUGACUACGAGGCACAGGCCGAAGGAGAUCUAAGUUUCCUGACGGGGGACAUUAUUGAGAUUGUGUCGAGGACGCAGAAUGAGAAUGAGUGGUGGACAGGACGAGUCAGUGGCCGAGAAGGACAGUUUCCUGUACACGCAGGAAACUACGUGCGCCUGAACUAG